UUGUUUACAUAUCUCAACUUUUUAUCUUACAAUUGAUGAUGCCCUGUGAUCUAAAAUCAACUUUUUUAGUAUGACAAGUUACAGAAUAUGUGUUACACAUUUUACGUUAGGUUAUAGUUUAAAAAAUCAAUAUGACAAAUACGCCAACUCUCGAUAAACCAGGUCUUCCUCGAUUUGGCGAGAGACAUCGACAAAUUUUUUUAUUAUUUAGUCUCGCAGCAGUUGCCAUCGCAAUGAGGGUUCAGCUUUCAGUUGCAAUAGUAGCGAUGAAUGAUCCAGAAGCCUCGCCAAAUCCAAGCGUUCCAGUCUAUGACUGGAAGAAUAAAAGUGUUAUUUUGUCUUCAUUUUUUUGGGGUUACAUUGGACUGCAAUUAUUUGCAGCGGAUUGGGGCAGAAGGUAUGGAUCUAAACGAUUUCUUUUAGGAGCCAUGACUAUAAAUUGUACAGCUUUAGCUUUGGUCCCACUUCUCGCAGAACAUUUUGGAUCAAUAGGUGUAAUGUGUUCAAGAGUGGUGCAAGGCUUAUGCCAAGGAUUCGUUUACCCUUCAAUAAGUAAUUUACUUGGUAGGUGGACUCAUAUUUCAGAGAGAUCGAGACUGGGAAGUUUAACUUUAUCAGGUGCUCCAUUUGGAACAAUUAUGAGUUUACCAGUUAAUGGAUUUAUAGCUGCUUCUUGGCUUGGAUGGCCAUAUUGUUUUUACAUCUAUAGUAUAGCUGGUUAUCUAUGGGUUAUUAUGUUUUAUUUUCUUGGUGCUAGUACUCCCGCAGAGUCAAAAAGAAUAUCAGCUGCUGAAAGAGAGUACAUUGAGAAGUCUACCAAUAUCAAAGGCCAAAAUAAGUUGACAGUUCCGUGGAAAGAAAUUGUGAAAUGUAGACCAUUUUGGGCGCUGUUUUUGGCACAAGUUGGCCAAAUUUGGGGCUACAACACAUUACUAACAGAGAUGCCAAAUUAUAUGAACAAGGUUAUGGGAUUUCAAAUGUCGUCGAAUGGUCUUCUCUCGGCAUUGCCCUAUUUAACAUGCUUCCUGAUGUCUUUUGUAUUUGGAUUUAGCGCAGACUAUACCAUUAAUAAAAAAUACAUAAGUAGAACGACAGCAAGAAAAAUUUUCAAUGGAAUUUCUGGUAUUGGAGCUGGAACAUCAUUAUUGGUACUGAGUUUUUUGCCUGUAAGUGCUGUUACUCUUUCAGUUGUUAUGUUAGUCAGUGCUGUAGGAAUACAGUCAGCAGCUACCGCAGGAUAUACGUUAAAUCAUAUUGAUUUGUCACCGAAUUUCUCUGGGACCCUUCAAGCAAUCUGCAAUAGCUGUGGAAGUGGUUUAUCGAUCCUUGCACCAUUAUCAGUUCAGUUCAUUGUAGGUGAUGAUGAGACAAACAAACUUAAAUGGCGCAUCGUAUUUAUAGUAGCCGCUAUGAUGUAUAUUGUUCCAAGCAUCCUGUUUGCCCUCUUUGCUUCUGGAGUUCGUCAAAAGUGGGAUGGAUCAAAUGAUGAAGAAGAAAGAAAAAUAUCUGAAGUUAGAAUAAAGAAAGUCUCUGUAUGGUCUAUUAUGUCUGUGUAAUAUUUAUAUAAAUUAUAAUUUAUUUAUUUUUUA